AUGAGUGAUUCACUUACAUGUCCUAUAACCUGCGAUUUAUUUCGGGAUCCAGUCGUUGCAGCAGAUGGGCACACAUAUGAACGGGAGGCAAUUGUUAAGUGGAUUCAUGAGAAUGGAACAAGUCCUAUAACACGGCAACGAAUAACUAUUGACACUUUAAUUUCUAAUUACACUGUCAAAAAGCUUGUUGAGGAAUUUGAAGAAAUUACACGCUCACAAAAGUAUCAAUUCAAAUUAGAUGUGGACGUGAAGAGAAAGUCACACAUAGCCCUGUUUACAACAUUUGGCAAAAAAAUUCAUGAAGCUGAAUGGUUGAAAAAUAAUUCCAGUCGUCCGAAAACAGUUUUAUUGACGAUUGAUGGUGCACGUGCACAAAAGGAAGCAAAAUUUUAUGUUGAUUUAACACGUCAUCCAAACAUUGUACGGACAUUUGGUUUAGUUGACAGUGGAAAUAGCAAUGUUGAUAAAAAUUCAGUCAUGUUACUCCAAGAGUAUGCUCCAGAGGGAAAUUUGAAUGAAGUAAUACAACAUAAAACACUGGAUGAAAAUGUUUUAAUAGAAAUUUUUAUACAGAUUACGAACGCAAUGAUUUUCCUAGCACAUAAUCAUGUUGUACAUGCAGAUUUAGUUUGUCGAAAUGUACUAGUCUUUCAAUAUGAUAUACACGAUCCGCGAAAGAACGUUGUAAAGUUAACUGACUUUGGUAUCAGUCGUCACAGUCAGUUGUAUGCACCGACAAAUGCUGUAACGAGAACAGUGAUAGAUAUUCUUCCCAAAUGUUCUGCAGCUCCAGAAGUCUUAGCAAAUGCAACUUAUUCUGAAAAAUCUGACAUAUAUUCGAUGGGUGUACUAAUGUGGGAAGCAUAUUCGAAAGGAGCGGUACCUUGGUCAGAAAUUCCAUGUGAUACUGUGAAGCAACGAGUUUGUCGCGGCGAUAAACUGCAAAAGCCAUCAAGUUGUUCCACUCAAAUGUGGUUGAUUAUUGACAAGUGUUUUGCAUUACGACCGCAAGAACGACCAUCAUUUGUAGAUUUAAAAGACAGCCUCCUUCAAGCGCAAUACCAGAAAAGGGUACGUGGUAAUAAAUAUCGAACGGAUUUCACAGUGAGGCAUUGCUUUCACUCUGUCUUGCAUUCAUGGGCGGGCCGACAAAGUUUUUUAGGUGGGCGCAAUAAAUCUUUUACAGCAGUGUACACAUAA